UGUAAAAUACUAUUUUAUCCAAUGGGAGCGAGAUAGUGAAUGGAAUAGGAGCGAGAUCCGCAUGUCCGCCGGCGAGCGCACGCAUCGGCAUCGCACUGCUAGAGCCACCACGGGCCGAGGCCCGCAUGCCGCCGGCGAUCGCACGCAUCGGGCAUCGCAUUCGCAGCGCGUCCAGCCGUCCACGUCCCCAAGCGCCGUCGCGCCAUCACCGUCCCCUCCCCACCCGCUCUGCCGUUGCGCUGUUCCCAUCCCGCCGACCCGCUGCGCCACCGCCACGCUCGCCAAUCUCCAUCCCUAACCCCAACCCCGGCCGGCCAGCCCCACCAUCACCCCACCCCCACCCACCAACCCACCACGCGACGCGGCUGUGGCGUCCCUCUAAUCUCGUUCGCUUCCGCUCCACGCCGCACCCCCGGCCGACUGCCUAACCUCGUGUUGGCCGCGAUCCCGCUCCCGCCCAGAUCUGGUGGCGCCUUCGCCGCUCGAGCGCGUGCCCUCACGGGUGGAGUGCAGGCGGCCGCUCGGUUCAGCCGGCUGGCCGAUGGUUUCGGCCGCGGCGCAGGCGGGUGUGGUCGCGGCGUGCGUCGUGCUCUUCGUCCCCAUGGGGCUGGCCGGCUGGCACCUCAGCCGCAACAAAGUGCUUUUCUUCUCCGGCGCGCUCUUCAUCUCGCUUGCUGUCGGGGUCCACCUAUCCCCGUACCUCCCCUCCCUGCCCCACCUCGCCUCCUCCUUCCUCCUCCCCCACUCCGGCGCCGCGUCCGCGUCCGCGUCCUCCUCCUCUGGGUCUUCCUGCGUCCCGUUUCUGCACCGUGUGUCGUGGUCUGACGCCGCCGGCGCCGCGGACGACGGCUCGGGAGGCGGAAAGGCACGGGCGUGGUCGUGGCCGCCCUCGCUGGCGUCCGCCUGCGGGUUCGCGCGGCUGUCGCGCGAUGACGCGUCGCUGCUGCUUAACGGCUCGUGGGUGAUGGUGGCCGGGGAUUCGCAGGCGCGACUGCUCGUCCUCGCGCUUCUCCGCCUCCUGCUCGACCCGGCCGCGGCGGCGGCCGCCGAGCCGGAGCUCUUCCGCCGGCACAGCGACUACCACGCUGCCGUCCCUGCGCGGGGCAUUUCCGUGGACUUCGUCUGGGCGCCCUUUGAGAGCAACCUCACGCGUCUGCUCCGCGAGGAUCUGCGCCUCGCGCCGCGUCUCCCCGACGUGCUCGUCCUCGGAUCCGGGCUGUGGCACAUGCUCCACGUCACGGACGCCGCGAGCUACGGCGAUGCACUGGCGUCCGUCGCGGGCGCCGCAGAGUCGCUCCGCUCGCAGCUUCCCGUGCCGCCACCACAUAUGUUCUGGCUUGGCUUGCCGCACCUCUUGAACCACAUGCUCAACACAGACGCCAAGAGGGCACACAUGAACGGCACCAUGCUUCAUGCCUAUGAUCGUGAGGUCGAUCGGAGGGGUGUUUUGCGCCGUGAUGGUGGCCCGUUCCUGCUGCUUGAUGUGGGGAAGCUCACCCAGGGGUGCGGGCAGCAGUGCACAGCAGAUGGUAUGCAUUAUGAUGGUGGUGUGUAUGACGCUGUCAUGCAUAUCAUGCUCAAUGCACUGGUGAUUGAGUCCCAACAAAGGAUUUGAGUGGGUGGGGGGUUCUUCAACAGGUUUGCCCCCAACCCCUUGUUCUUUUUGGUCAGUCACGGUACACAGGUAACCAGAGAUUGUUGUGAACUAGGGAAGGUUCUUUGAUUGCUUCAACAUUUUGGUCGCUUGCCACAAGUCACAACCCUUGAAUUGCUCAACCUUUAGAUUGUAAAAUAGGGAUAUCCUAGAACCACACUGUUCUUUGCUGAAUGGCAAACCGAACUAGCUGUACUGUAUACUUCUUGGUGGAAUAACUAAGAUGGUGAUUCUGACACGAAGAUUGUGAAAUGCUACGAAAUAUAGUCAUUUUUUUUAAUUUUGGCAACAUAAUUUGUCCUUGCCAUGGUAACUUCGAGAACUUAUUGGACUGUAAUUGUGCUACUCCCUCUUAAUAUAAUAAAAUGCACAUCAUCACUAAAUCUAA